AUGAUCAUCAUUAUCAUCAGCGUGACUCGCUACAGAGGGACGGAGAUCAAAGGGUUAAAAAUAGAAAAGGUUUUAAAUGAUGGUCAGGCCCUUUUCAAAGCCUUCCUCCAGCGUGAGUUCAGCGAGGAGAACGUCGAGUUCUGGCUGGCCGUGGAGGACUUCAAGAAGACCCGAGCGGCCAAAAUGCCUUCCAAAGCCUCCAAAAUUCACUCGGAUUAUGUCGCGGUCCAGGCUCCGAAGGAGAUCAACCUGGACCCUGGUACCAGAGCGCAGAUCGCCAAGUCUCUUGACUGCCCAGACAAGUGCAUCUUCGACGCUGCCCAGAAGCGCGUCCAGGCCCUCAUGGAAUCGGACGCCUACCUGCGGUUCCUGCAGUCCGAGCUCUACAAGGAGCUCCUCCACCCGGAGACCUCCCCCUCCUCCAACCCCGAGACGUUAUAG